CCUUGACACAGUAAAAUUUCUCGAGUGGGGAGGGGUAGAUCCAAUUCAGACCCAAUUCGGUGGCUUCAGUAGUGAAGCCAAUAUAAGGGGGGCAGUCUCCCCUCUGAACACACACAACUUGUAGGCAGCUUCUCUCUGCAUACAAGAGGAGGUCUCUCCUUCUUCAGCGACUCCCUCAAGAUCUUGCCCAAACUUGCUGAGAUCUGUAAGAGCAGUAGGCGAAGAUGGUGAAGAUCUGCUGCAUCGGAGCUGGGUACGUGGGCGGGCCGACCAUGGCGGUGAUCGCCCUCAAGUGCCCGGCGAUCGAGGUGGUGGUCGUCGACAUCUCCAAGCCGCGCAUCGACGCCUGGAACAGCGAGCAGCUGCCGAUCUACGAGCCGGGGCUCGACGAGGUGGUCAAGGAGUGCAGGGGCAGGAACCUCUUCUUCAGCACGGACGUCGAGAAGCACGUCGCGGAGGCGGACAUCAUCUUCGUGUCCGUGAACACGCCGACCAAGACGCGCGGCCUCGGCGCCGGCAAGGCGGCCGACCUCACCUACUGGGAGAGCGCGGCGAGGAUGAUCGCCGACGUGUCCAAGUCCGACAAGAUCGUCGUCGAGAAGUCCACCGUGCCGGUCAAGACGGCCGAGGCGAUCGAGAAGAUCCUGACGCACAACAGCAAGGGCAUCAACUACCAGAUCCUCUCCAACCCGGAGUUCCUCGCCGAGGGCACCGCUAUUGACGACCUGUUCAAGCCCGACCGCGUCCUCAUCGGCGGCCGCGAGACGGCGGAGGGGAGGAAGGCCGUGCAGGCGCUCAAGUCGGUGUACGCGCACUGGGUGCCCGAGGACAGGAUCAUCACCACCAACCUCUGGUCCGCCGAGCUCUCCAAGCUCGCCGCGAACGCGUUCCUGGCGCAGAGGAUCUCGUCGGUGAACGCCAUCUCGGCGCUCUGCGAGGCCACCGGCGCGAACGUCACCGAGGUGGCGUACGCCGUCGGCAAGGACUCGAGGAUUGGCCCCAAAUUCCUCAACGCCAGCGUUGGAUUCGGCGGCUCCUGCUUCCAGAAGGACAUCCUGAAUCUGGUGUACAUCUGCGAAUGCAAUGGCCUCCCCGAGGUUGCGAACUACUGGAAGCAGGUGAUCAAGAUCAACGACUACCAGAAGAGCCGGUUCGUGAACCGGGUGGUGUCGUCCAUGUUCAACACGGUGUCGGGCAAGAAGAUCGCCGUGCUGGGGUUCGCGUUCAAGAAGGACACCGGCGACACGAGGGAGACGCCGGCGAUCGACGUGUGCCACGGCCUGCUCGGCGACAAGGCGCAGAUCAGCAUCUACGACCCGCAGGUGACGGAGGACCAGAUCCAGCGGGACCUCGCCAUGGGCAAGUUCGACUGGGACCACCCGAUGCACCUGCAGCCGACGAGCCCCACGGCGUUCAAGCAGGUGAGCGUGGUGUGGGACGCGUACGAGGCCACCAAGAACGCCCAUGGCCUCUGCAUCCUCACCGAGUGGGACGAGUUCAAGACGCUCGACUACCAGAAGAUCUACGACAACAUGCAGAAGCCGGCGUUCGUCUUCGACGGCCGCAACGUCGUCGACCCGGAGAAGCUCAGGGAGAUCGGCUUCAUCGUCUACUCCAUCGGCAAGCCGCUCGACGCCUGGCUCAAGGACAUGCCCGCCGUGGCAUGAUAAGAUUCAUGUGAAUUUUAAUCGAUCGAUUCGAUUCUCAACCUCGAUUCGAGCUGCAGGAAUUCGACUUGGAAGAAGAGCAAUGCAAGAUGGGUUGGCCACUUAAAAUUCUUUAUAGUUCGUUUUUUUUUUUGCAGGAGACGACACUACCAUUUUCUCAGGCAUAAAAAAGUUGGGUGUUCUUGUUAGUAAAAUCAUCGUCAUCGCUGUUGAAGUUUUUUUUUUCAUCGUUUGCACUGUUCUAGAUCACUAUAAUCCCCACCCCACUCCCCCUCCCCCUCCCCCUCCCCCUGUCAUCAUGGCUCUUUCUGUUUGAGGGCCAUCUGAACGAAAAUUUACCUGUAUUAUUCAGUCAACUUGUUAUAGCAGAUUGGUUAUUCCAUUGUACUAUUCUCAAAUA